AGAGCGUCCUCCGGCCGCGCGUUGGGAGCCACGGGGGAGGAGCAGCCGGGCCGGGCGGAGCUGCCCCGCUGCGGCGCACGAGGAUCCGGAACAGGCUCAGCUUCCUUCUUCCCAGCUCUGGGGAGCCCAAGCCCUCCGUGCCUGCCGCCGCCUCCUCCUCCUCCUUCUCCUGCUGCUGCUGCUGGCCUGUCGGCUGCUCCUGGAGAAAGAAGCCAUCCCGCCCGCGAGGCGCCUUCUCCUGCAGCCUGACUGGGAAGCGGCCUGACUGCGGUUGCCUGCUUUUUCUUCUCUUGCCUCUUCGGCUGUCCGGUUGCUCGCUCGUCCUCCUGCCCUUUCUUCCCUCCCUCCCCACCCGGCCGCUGCUGCCCGCUUCUCCCGGCCGGGUCUUCUGCUGCUGUUGCUGGUGGGGGGGGUCGGUCUCCAGCUCCCAGCCAAACAAACCCCCUGCGAACUGCCCCGCUCAGCUGUCCUUGGAGGUGGUGAGAGGUCCGUCCCAAGUUCAAGGCGCUCGCCUCUGGAAGGCGCAUUUGGGCACCGGCUGAAGGAUCGGUCUGCCUCGCGUUGCCUUGGCAGGUGAGGGGCGGUUGGCCGGCUGAGCGCCCGGGGCUCUGAACUCUCGUCCCCCUCGCCCCGCAGAGACGGGUCCCUAGGAAGGGAGGCGCAGCCGGGCGCGCCGUCCUAAGCCGGCCCUUCCCCUAGGAUGAGCGCUUCGCCCGGUCAAGCGCCGCUUCGGGUGGAUUUCUCCGGGCUCCGUUUCGUCGGUGGCCUCCAUUGAUUCCGCAGACACCCCCCCCCCUCCUCCAAUGAAGCCUUGACCGCCAGGCAGGGUCGUCGGAAAUCCACACCCCUCUUGGCCGCCUCCGGCUUUGCCCGGGAACGAGAGGAGCACCAUGCCGGCGCAAUGCCUGGGGACGGGGAGGCCCCGCUGCUCCUUCCGCGCGUUGCCUUUCCUCUUCGGCGCAGCUGCCCUGCUGGGCCUGCUGCCGGUGCUUCAGAGCUCCGGCUCGGAUACUCCCAUGGAGAUCACUCGGCAGCCCAGCUUGGUGACCGAGGGCAUCACCGCCUCUCCGCCGGUUCCCGCCGAGAGGCCCCCCGACGCCGGACACCCCAAGAAUGUUUCCACCAGCGAGCACGGCAAGCACCGGAAAGUUUUCCCGGUUCUGGACCUUCAGUACAAAGAGGUGCACCUGCCCUUCGAGAUCACGCUCUGGAUCCUGCUCGCCUGCCUGAUGAAACUAGGAUUCCACGUGAUUCCAACCAUUUCCAACAUAGUUCCUGAGAGCUGCUUACUCAUUGUCGUAGGACUGCUGGUUGGUGGGCUCAUUAAAGCCGUGGGAGAAACCCCUCCAGUCCUAAAUUCCAAAGUCUUCUUCCUCUUCCUUCUCCCACCCAUCAUCCUGGAUGCUGGUUACUUCUUGCCCUUGCGCCAGUUCACUGAGAAUAUGGGCACCAUCUUGAUUUUUGCAGUGAUCGGGACGUUAUGGAAUGCUUUCUUCGUAGGGGCACUGAUGUACGCCGUCUGCCAGAUAGGUGGCCCUCUUUUAUCAGACAUUGGCCUCUUGUACAACCUGCUCUUUGGCAGCAUCAUCUCGGCGGUGGACCCUGUGGCUGUGCUGGCUGUCUUUGAGGAGAUUCACAUCAAUGAACUUUUGCACAUCUUGGUGUUUGGUGAAUCGUUGCUGAAUGAUGCCGUUACUGUGGUUCUUUACCACCUUUUCGAAGAGUUUGCCAACUAUGAAAAAGUCACCCUCACGGACAUCGUCCUGGGCUUCCUGAGCUUCUUUGUGGUGGCCCUGGGGGGCGUCUUUGUCGGGGUUGUCUACGGCAUCAUCGGAGCCUUCACCUCCCGCUUCACCUCCCACAUCCGGGUCAUCGAACCUCUUUUCGUCUUUCUGUACAGUUACAUGGCAUAUCUGUCUGCAGAGGUCUUCCACCUGUCAGGCAUCAUGGCGCUGAUUGCUGCAGGGGUGGUGAUGCGCCCUUAUGUGGAGGCCAAUAUCUCCCACAAGUCCCACACAACCAUCAAAUAUUUCCUGAAGAUGUGGAGCAGUGUCAGCGAGACCCUUAUCUUCAUCUUCCUUGGUGUCUCCACUGUGGCCGGGAAGCACCACUGGAACUGGGCCUUCGUCAUUUGCACCCUGUUUUUCUGCUUGAUCGCCAGGGUUUUAGGUGUGCUGGGGUUGACAUGGUUCAUCAACAAAUUUCGCAUUGUGAAGUUGAGCCCGAAGGAUCAGUUCAUCAUUGCCUACGGUGGCCUGCGAGGGGCCAUCGCCUUCUCUCUCGGCUACCUCCUGGAUUAUAAGCAUUUCCCAAUGCGAGACAUGUUUCUUACAGCGAUCAUCACAGUCAUAUUCUUCACAGUCUUUGUGCAGGGCAUGACCAUCCGCCCUCUGGUGGAUCUUCUGGCGGUGAAAAAGAAGCAGGAGACCAAGAGGUCCAUUAACGAGGAAAUUCACACUCAGUUUCUGGAUCAUCUCUUGACGGGGAUUGAGGAUAUAUGCGGCCACUAUGGACAUCACCACUGGAAGGACAAGCUAAAUCGUUUCAACAAGAAAUACGUGAAGAAGUGCCUGAUUGCUGGGGAAAGAUCCAAAGAGCCCCAGUUGAUUGCCUUCUAUCAUAAGAUGGAGAUGAAGCAAGCAAUUGAGCUGGUGGAAAGUGGAGGGAUGGGCAAGAUCCCCUCAGCCGUCUCCACCGUUUCGAUGCAGAAUAUCAAUCCGAAAACUUUGCCGAUAGAACGGAUUUUGCCAGCUCUGUCCAAGGACAAAGAGGAGGAGAUUCGAAAGAUCCUGCGGAACAACUUGCAAAAAACCAGGCAGAGAUUGCGGUCAUAUAAUCGACACACCUUGGUCGCAGAUCCUUAUGAAGAAGCCUGGAACCAGAUGUUGCUGAGAAGACAGAAGGCUCGGCAGCUGGAACAGAAGAUGAACAACUACCUGACGGUGCCAACACAUAAAAUAGAUUCACCAACCAUGUCAAGGGCACGCAUUGGUUCAGACCCUCUUGCUUAUGACCCGAAGCCGGAUUCUGAGAACGUGCCCAUCAUCACCAUUGACCCGGCAUCCCCCCAGUCGCCGGAGUCGGUUGACUUGGUGAACGAGACCCUGAAAGGGAUGCACCACCUUCCGCCUUCCCCGGAGGAGGACGAAGAUGAGGAGGGGCUGAUAAUGAAGGUCAAAGAGCCGUCUUCUCCAGGCACAGAUGACGUCUUCACUCCUGGGACAGGCGACAGUCCCAGCAACCAACGGAUUAUGAGAUGCCUGAGUGAUCCAGGGCCUCGGCCAGAUCCUAACGAGGGCGAGCCCUUUAUCCCCAAAGGGCAGUGAGCCCGGAUAUGCACUACUAGACCUAGCCUGUAGGGGAGGCUCUUGCACUCAUGUGCAGAUUACACACACCCAGUUAUGCCAAACUCUAUUUCUUUGUGUCUUUCUCUUCUCUGUCUCCUUCUGUUCAGUGUGGGAGCUUUGCUAGAAGGUAGCAGAGAGCAUCUCAAUGGAACAUACCUUGUGACCAGAGGCAAUAGAUCUAGAAUUAACUCAGAUUCCAUAUCCCAGUCUGGGAAUGCUAGUCAUUCUAGUCAUGCUCUGACUACUGUUGCCUUUCCCACUGGCAACUGCACCUUCUCGUUUCCUUCAGAGAAACGUCUUUGCUAUAAUUCCCUCCUCCCAGUUUUGAAACUGUUCUGACCCAAACCUUGUUCCAAGGAAACAAACACCAAACAGAGAUAAAAGCAAAACCUUUUAAUGCUUC